AUGGCCAGUGGUGAAGGAGACGGAUCAGAAGUCACAGCAUUGAGUUCGCUGGAUAUAAACUUGGAGACAGCAACCGUGAAUAUCUCUUUGAAGACGACGAGACAAGUUGAUUUGGAGGGCCUGGAGCUUGCCUAUGAAUUCCCUGAGAAUGUGGAAUUUAAGAACGACGAAUGCGUUGAGAUAGCGAAGUUGUCCCUCCCUAUCCAACCUUUUUCUGCAGAGAACCCGCCACCAAAUGUCACAAAUCUCUUCGAAUGGUUUUCGAGGAUACUCGCUGAGGACAACAGAGCUGUCCUUGAGUUUUCACCUUCCUUAACGAGAGAGAUCCGGGCCCAAUUGUUAAAUGUUGCCAAGAAUCAAGGCGAUGCUGAACAGAUAUGGAAUUGGAUUAAAGCUGAAGCCAAUGACCUUUCAAAUCUGACAAAAGUGGACAUCCAAGAGAUGAUUGCCAAUCGAAACAUGUCAGAUGAAGUGCUAGCGUUGGUCAUCAGGCACGAAAGUGCAGAUCGGCUCUGUACAGCAGCAGCUGAGGGUGACAGAGCGACAGUCGAUGACAUUCUCUCGGUGGAUCCUUCAAUCCUGCACGUGACAUCCAAGCAAAAGAACCAGCUUGCUUUGCACGCCGCAUGCCUUGGGGCUGGAUCUCCCUCCUGUUCACCAGCUGAAAUGGUGGAUUACCUGUUGCAAGUGGGUGCUCGGGUGAACGAACCAGACGGGUAUGGACGAUCGGCCAUGGCCAUUUGCAGGCAGGAUGGGUUUGGACCAUCGAUUCGAUCUGUGAUUGACGUGCUGGAGCGCAAUGGUGGUCGAGAGAUUGGCCUUGUGAAGCCAAGGGCAGGUCAGGCUCCUCCUGGGAUGAAUGGCCGAGGGGUUCCGCCUAAGAGCCGUGGCUUCGGGGGGCCGCCCCCUCCCGCCGGUGGAAUCCUCUCAGCUCCGACAGACAACUGGCGAGGUGGCAAUGGGGCUCAGAUGCCGUCACCAGGAGCAGGAGGUUACGGAGGGCGGUCACCUGGACCGGCGUACAUGGAGCGACGGGACCCUGGAAUUUUGACGAACAAGCCCGGGAACAACUUUGGCUCGGCUCCGUCAGGUGGUUGGAGGAACGGAGAUAUGGGAUCCCGGCCUGCCCCUGCAAACGAUCAGAAUGUCAAUUGGAGAGCAGCUGCACAGUCACCCAAAGGGGGUCAGUUCGGAUUGCUCGCAGAGCCACGAGAAGAGAUGGGAGGAAACUGGAGGAGCGCUCAGGGUCAAGUGGGGCGAGGCUCAGCUCCCUUACAGAAGGGCCCACAAGUCCCUCCAGAAAAUGACUGGCGAGCUGGUGGGGCAGGGAAUGCAGCAGGCAUGAAUCGCAGAGGAAUCAUAGGGAAGGGCCCUGCCUUUGACAGCAACACCUUUGAGGUGGGAGACCGUGAGAAUGAGCUUGCCAAGAUCCGUGGCGUCGCUGCAGACAAGGAGGCAGCGGCAGCAGCCGAGAAGAUGAUGACGAUUCCGCGUGGACGAGCGGUAGUCGACGACGAGGACUAUGAAGAAAUGGAUUUUCGGCCAGUCAGGAAGCUCUGA